UGGACGCUUUUGUGCGGAGGCUGCCGUGGGGUUUUUUUUACGCACAAACUAAACAGAGAGACGCGUAAAGGAUCGUGCGUAUUGUUGUGGAGAUUCCGUGGAUUUGUAGCCUGUUUGAAUGGAUGAGAAUCGCCGACUGGACUGGGCUGGACUUCGGAGCUGAGCGGCUGAUGAGAAGAAGCCCACAUUAAAAAACGCUCUUCUUUUCUUCUUUGUUCCUCUUCUUCAUUAAAAUGUCAGGAUUUCGUCCAUCACCCUCUGUCCACUUCAAGCCAUGGGCUGCUCAUUUGGAAGGACGCCAGACCUCCAGCCUCUCAAAUCUGCAAGUUCAGUCCAAUAAAUUGUGACAUUGUCUGUCAGCUUUUGGAAUAAAAAAUCGAUCCUGGGAAAAGGAACGCGGCAUUCUUCCCGGAAUCUUAACGAUCUAUUUAUCCCCCGUCGCCAUAUCCUUAUAAAUAUGCGAUUCGCUUGGAUUUGCUUUGGUCCAGCUUCACGCGUUCGUAGCUGGACCGGCGCUGAUAGUGACUGAUUAUUGCCGUUGGAUUUUUUGUCAAUGCAAGACUCGGGGUGGAAACAUGUCUGGCCACUUCUUUGAGAGGAUCACUGCUAUCAGAGAUGGCAUUUUGGUCCAGCACUUCGGUUUUCACCUCUAAAGUGCCCCGGAAAAUCUUAUUCAUGUUCACCCUCUCCCUCUCUGUCACCUACUUGUUCUACAGCUUGAUGAGCUGCUACAACUCGCUGCAGUUCCCCCUGCAAGAGAACUACGCGUAUCAGGGGAGGCUGGUGACGGAGGAGACAACUUUUGUGACAUUGAGGGAGAAACUUUACUCCGCUUCCCAGGGAUUGGCCGAGUUCACAGAGGCCGAGGGGACCACCGCGGUCUCCGCCGUGCGGGAUCAUGCCGAGGCCGAGCAGAGGACGGUGGAGUGGAUUAGGACGCAGGCGGCUCCGACUAAAUCCGCGGCGGCGGCGGCGGCUGCUGCGUAUCACACCACCGCGCUGGAGAGGGAGCACCAGGAAUUCAGCACCACGGACAGCGAACUCAGGGUGAACUGCACCUCGGAUUACGGGGAGAAGAAACUUCCCCAAGCCAUCAUCAUCGGGGUGAAGAAGGGGGGGACCCGAGCCCUGCUGGAGGCGCUCCGGGUGCACCCGGACGUCAGAGCCGUGGGGAACGAGCCGCACUUCUUUGACAGGAACUACGAGAAGGGGCUGGACUGGUACAAAGACCUGAUGCCUUCAACGCUGGAGGGGCAGAUCACCAUGGAGAAGACGCCCAGCUACUUUGUGACCAACCAUGCCCCGAAGCGCAUCCACACUAUGGCCAGGGACAUCAAGCUUAUUAUAGUGGUGCGUAAUCCUGUCACCAGAGCCAUUUCAGACUACACGCAGACGUUGUCCAAGAAACCUGAGAUUCCCACCUUCGAGGUUCUGGCUUUUAAGAACCGGACGCUGGGUCUCAUCGACGCCUCGUGGAGUGCGUUGCGUAUAGGAAUAUAUGCGCUCCACCUGGAGAGCUGGAUGCAGUAUUUCCCUCUCUCCCAGAUGCACUUUGUGAGCGGGGAGCGGCUGAUCGUGGAUCCCGCGGGUGAGAUGGCCAAAGUCCAAGACUUCUUGGGACUGAAGCGGAUUGUCACGGACAAACACUUUUACUUCAAUAAAACGAAAGGAUUUCCCUGUCUGAAGAAGCCCGAGGACAGCAGCACUCCCAGAUGCCUUGGCAAGUCCAAGGGGAGAACUCACCCUAAAAUUGACGCGGACCUGAUCCGGCGGCUGCACAAGUUCUACAAACCCUUUAACAUGAUGUUCUACCAAAUGACCGGACAGAACUUUGAGUGGGAGCUGGAGGACGACAGUGAGUCCCGCAGCUCCCAGGACUAGUAGACUGCAGGAUGGCAUGGCGCAGCCACACCACCAGCCUUCUCACUGCACCGUCUGUUGUCCCGCUUCAUCUACAGAGACAGUGCCCGAGCACGCCAAUCUGUCAUGGCUGUCUUAGCAGUGUCUGUACCCAUUAGCAAGAGUUUACUGACAUGCUUUUUCCUCUCCCUUCAACACUAAUGGUCAUGAUGGACAAAUCAUUAUUGUACAUACUAAACAUAAAAUAUAUUUAUAUUUGUGAAAAGGAGAUGAUUUAUUCCUUUUGUUUUCAAAGCAUAGAGCUGAUAUAAAAAACAUGUUGACUAUGGCAAUGCAUGCGAUGAGUUAAGUGUCCUUACCUCAUGAGACCUAAGGGUAAACUCGGCCCAUUUCUUUUCCUUUUCCUUUUCCUGCGGUUUCUUGCCCUCACACCCACUCACCAGCAUUCAGUACAGAAAAUGUUCUAUUUCAGUGUCUAAGGCCAAUAAGAGCUUUGUAUUUUUUCUUUCAACACUGUCCAGCUGCUUAAGAAGAGAGAAAAAUAAGACAUGUAGUCGAAUAAUCCUUUGACAUGUGCUCAUCUUUUCAGCCAUCCAUAUUCUGAGUGACAAUCCUUAUUUCCUUUUGUCAGUCUAAGUUUACCAAAGUGUUAAUUUACUCCGUUUCAGCGUUCUAGCUCCUCUGCACUCAUUAAUUGCACACAUAUUCAAUAAGGGAGCUGAUGUACAGUGGCCGUCAUCCAAUAAUUGGAUUGCUUCACUGCAUAGUCGAACAUUAGCAUACUGAUGACCACGCACUCAGUUGUGGCGCAGUAUCAGUGGUUUUGGCAUAAUUUGACAAGUGAAUCCAUGUACGACAAAUACCGAGGGUUCACUGUGCAUCCUAACAAAAAGCAAACUAUUUCCUGUUCCCGAAAUGCGCCCAAAACAUCGGCUAACUCUCUUGCUCGAGUUUUUGCCCUGUGACCCUCGGCUUGUCGAAUUAAUACAUGUCAAUGAGGGUGAAGAGCAUCGGCAGAGGACCGAGCAGAGAUUUGUUCACAAACAUCUGCUGCGACGUGGUCUUCUGUCCUUAGAGAUUAAUGGCGUGUUAAAUAAAAAAAACGCCUCUGCUGGAACAGUGUCAAUGUCAGAGAGAAUUUGCUGAUGCGGAAAACCCUACAUACAUGCCCAGGUAAAUUACCAAGUAAUUACUGUGUGUGCUUAACUUGAGUGAGCUGAUGUCUGCCAGGGAAACGUGCUGUAACUUGUGAUCGGCAGGACUAUCUGGGCGGAUGUUUGUACUGAAGAUAACAGGGUUUUGCUGUGAAAUGCUAUUUUACAAUUACAUGCAAUGAAAUAUCAACAUGACCCCAUUAUCUCUGCUUUAUUUUUAUUUUUUUCAAUUUUUUUUUGGCAUAACUCGCUGUGCGUCUGUGUGUUGUCUCUGGACUUUUCAUCACUGAGACAAUCAAUACAGUCAAUGAGUCAAUAAAUACA